AUGGCCCCUCUCAUCCGAGUCAUCGGUUCGCUCAAUGCCGACAUGGUCUCGGUGACGCCCCGAUUCCCCAACCCUGGCGAGACCAUCACCGCAUCCUCCUAUUUCACCAGUGCCGGUGGCAAGGGCGCCAACCAGGCCGUCGCCUGCGGUCGGAUGUCCCGGGCCAAGUCCUCCGCCGAGGGUCUGAAUGCCCGCGGGGACAUCAAGGUCGAGAUGGUGGGGGCUGUCGGCGCCCUGGACGGCCACUUCACCGCGCUGCUCAAGCCCACGCUGGAAAAGUCCGGCGUGGACCCGUCCCCGGUGCGCGUGAUCGAAAAUGCCUACACGGGGGUGGCCGUGAUCAUUGUGGACGCCUCUGCGGGCGGCGAGAACCGCAUACUGUUCUCCCCCGGCGCCAACUACAGCGGCAUGCAACCCACCUCGGAGGUGCUCAGCACGGCACUGGCCGCUCCCGUGCCGGACGUGAUCGUGAUGCAGGGCGAGAUCCCUGUGGCCACGGUCGUCGGGAUCCUGCGAGAGGUGGCGAGCUUCAAGGCGCAGCGGUGGGCGGCGGGCACGCGUGGCAUCGAGGUCGGGCCUGAUGUGAUAUUGAACCCAGCCCCAGCGCCACCAGGUGGGCUCCCCGAGGACGUCUAUGCCGCGGUCGACCACUUGAUCCUGAACGAAACGGAGGCCGAGCUGAUGACCCCGCCGGACGAGCAAUUGCUCCGCGUGGUGCCCGAUGCGGCGGACUUGGACGCGAAAGAGAAGGUGGCUCGAUACUUUCAUGCGCUGGGGGUCAGUUAUGUGCUGAUCACGCUGGGCGCCAAGGGGGCAUGGUAUAGCGCGAUGCAGGGGGGAACCUCAGGGCCCAGCGAUGGACAGCAACGCUGCACGAACGAGAUCCCAGCGGUCCCGGUGGCUCAGGUACUCGACACCACCGCCGCGGGGGAUACGUUUGUGGGCGCAUAUGCGGUCCAAGUGGCCCGGUGGCGCGAACAACGUCGUGUGGAGGGUAAGGCCGGGCAGGCCCUAACGGCUGUCGAGAAACCAUAUCGAUACGGGACCGUGAUGGACGAGGCGAUGCGGCUGGCCGCCCGCGCGUCGGCCCGCGCAGUUGAACGUCAGGGUGCGAUGGACAGCAUUCCAUUUGAGGAUGAGGUCUAG